CGGGAACGAGAUUUACAUGGACGAGGCCACUUCCACUGUAGGGGAAAAAGAGAAUAAUUUCACUACUCUCACUCUCUUAUUUUGAAAACAAUCGAAUGGGAAAUUUCUACAAGCCUACCUGUUUCCUUCCAUCCGAGGACCGGAAACUCGAGGGCGUGAGUUCCCAAAAUGCUCAGCGAAGACGUCAGAGAUGGCGGCGGUAGCGGCUUUUCGCCGGUUUAGUGGCCGCUGGAGGCCUUGCCUGGCGAGUGUUCGCGGGGCAGCUUUCUGUGGACGGGCCUUCAGUUGCAGAUUUUAUUCUGGAAGUGCAACCCUCCCAAAAGUUGAAGGAGCCAAUGUCACCAGUGUUGAAGAAGUGGUCAUUCCAAGAAAGAAAAUUUGGGAUAAAGUGGCAGUUCUUCAGGCACUUGCAUCCACAGUAAACAGGGACCCCACAGCUGCCCCUUAUGCAUUUCAGGAUGAUCCUUACCUCGUGCCAGCAUCCUUUCCAGAAUCUCGUUCGUUUUUAUUGGCAAAGAAAUCUGGAGAGAAUGCAGCAAAGUUUAUUAUUAAUUCAUAUCCCGAAUAUUUUCAGAAGGAUAUAGCUGAACCUCAUAUACCGUGUUUAAUGCCUGAGUGCUUCGAACCUCAGAUUGAAGGCAUAAGCGAAGCCGCCCUGAAGGAACGAAUUAAGCUCAGAAAAGUCAAAGCUUCAGUGGAUAUGUUUGAUCAACUCUUGCAAGCAGGAACUGCUGUGUCUCUGGAAACAACUAAUAGUCUCCUGGAUUUAUUGUGUUACUAUGGUGACCAAGAGCCUCAAGCUGAUUAUCAUUUUCAACAAACUGAAAAGUCAGAAGAAUUGGAAGAGGCUACAGGGGAAGCUAAUGAGGAACCUAGGAAGACUGGUCGUCACCUUGGAGGUACUUGGAGAGAAAAAAACAACGCUGAGAGGAUCUUUGCUCUAAUGCCUGAGAAAAAUGCACAUUCCUACUGCACAGUGAUCCGGGGAAUGGUGAAGCACCAAGCAAAUGAGCAGGCGUUAAAGUUGUACACCGAAUUGUUGAACAACAGACUUAGUGCUGAUGUAUACACCUUUAAUGCUUUGAUCAAAGCAACAGCAUUGACAGGGAAUGACAAAUAUGAGGUGAAGUGGAAUAAAAUACAGGAGCUGUUGAAACACAUGGUCGCGCAGAAGGUGAAGCCCAGUCUCCAGACAUUCAACACCAUUCUGAAGUGUCUCCGAGGAUUCCGUGAGUUUGGGAAAGUGCCAGCCUUGCAGACCUUGCGUGAGAUGAAAGCCAUCGGCAUAGAGCCCUCGCUUGCAACGUAUCACCAUCUCCUUCAAGUGUUUUAUCACACGGAAAGCACUUCAAAAGAGCCAUCCCUGAUCAUCUAUGAUAUAAUGAAUGAAUUAAGGGGGAAGACGUUUUCUGCAAGGGACCUGGAAGACGAUGCGUUUUUUCUAUCAGCCAUGAUAGUUUGUUCGUCCCUCAGAGAUCUAGAACUUGCCUACGAAGUGCAUGACGUUUUGAACACUGGAGACAACCGGAAAUUCCUUGGACCCGACCACCGGCGUAAUUUCUAUUACUCCAAGUUCUUCAGUUUGCUUUGUCUGAUGGAACACAUUGAUGUAACCUUGAAGUGGUACAGGGACCUGAUACCUUCAGUCAUCAUUCCCCAUUCCCAAACAUUGAUAGAUCUUCUCCAAGCAUUGGAUGUGGCCAGUCGGCUAGAAAUGAUUCCUCAGAUUUGGAAAGAUAGUAAAGAAUAUGGUCACACUUACCACAGUAAUCUGAAGGAAGAGAUGCUGACACUCAUGGCAAGGGAUAAGCACCCACUAGAGCUGCAGGUGGUGUUUGCUGACUGUGCUGCAGACAUCAAGUCUACCUAUGAAAGCCAAGAUGCCAGACAGACUGCCUCGGCUUGGCCAGCCAAAACUCUAAACUGUAUAGCUGUCCUCUUUCUAAGGGCUCGGAGAACCGAGGAAGCCUGGAAAAUGCUGGGGCUUCUCAGGAAGCAUAAUAAGAUCCCUGGAAAUGAGCUGCUGAAUGAGUUUAUGGACAGUGCGAGAGCAUCCAACAGCCCUGGCCAGGCCAUCGAGGUUGUGAAGCUGGCGAGCACCUUCAGCUUACCUGCCUGUGAGGGCCUCAUCCAGAGAGUGCUGGUCGACUUUACACUCACUCAGGAACAGAAGGACACCCUAGGAAACCUCGCUGCACUGACCAGCAGCAGUGACGGUGACAGCAGUGACGGUGACAGCAGUGACAGUGACAGCAGUGACAGUGACAUCAGUGAAGGCAGAUAAAAGGGGGCAGUUCAGGAGCCGCUGUGGCCUGGAGUAGACGCUUUCCUCACACUCGGGAACUCAGAUGCUGGUAUUUUGAGCAAUGAUAAGGAAACAAGGGAAUACAGACAUGGUAUAUUUGUUACUGUGAACAAUGACUUAGAUUAAGCUGCUAAUUUGGGAUUUACUAAACUGUCCGUUAAUGCAGCAUUCAGAGCUUACCAUUUAAGCAGCAGCACUGCCACCCUCAUUUCUUUAGACAGACUGGAUGGCACACGGCUCGCGGCCUCAUGUCUGGUGUGGGCUGACUUCAUCUUCAGCACCUGCUUUCCCUGUUCCUGGGCUUCAGCCUUUGAUGGCCUGAUGCUCUGAUGCUUGACCUUAGAGAAGGUUCAACAGAAGGUUUUCGUACAAUUGCUAUUUGGUCAAUAGUAUCCCAAUUUCAGGGCUGUUUAGAUGUGAAAAACUGCAUCUUAGACUCCAUUAAAUAUGAUAAUGGCAGAAUUUUAGCCUGCAUAACUGGUAAAAUGGAAACUUUAAAUAAAUAUUGUCAUUGAUGUA